AUGGAAUCCAACAGAAAAACCAAAUCGCUAAACGAUGCCUGGAAUCCUCGUGCAACGAAGGAGACUUACAAUCUCAAACCGCACCCGCAGACUGGUCGACUCAUCGACAAUCACCCUGGCAAGCGCACCACGCCAAUGAGAGUCCUUGUGCUUGGUAUGUCAAGGACAGGAACCAUGUCGGUCUUUGCUAGCCUUGAGCAACUCGGCUUUCACCCCUACCACAUGACCAAAGCGAUAUCGUCCCCGAAGUCGAAUCUCGAUGUGUGGCGAGAAGGUAUCGAUGCCAAAUUCUACGGCAAAGGGAAGAAAUGGGGCAGAGAAGAGUUCGAUAAAAUACUGGGCAACUAUGACAGCAUCGCCGAUGUUCCUGGUGUGAGCUUUGCCGAGGAACUCAUCACGGCAUACCCAGAAGCGAAGGUCAUUCUGAAUCAUCGCGACGUCGAUCAAUGGCUGGCUAGCAUGCAGAGUACAGCGGGAACGGUACUGCGUUGGCGUGCUUGGGAGCAGAUGUCCCCCUGGGAUCCGGCUUUAGCGCAGCCUUUCUGGAGGUUCGCCAACUCAGUCAUGCCCGCAACAUAUGGAGUCUUCAACGACUUCUCGCCCCAGAGCCCAGCCAGGAGGGUGUUCCUCGAGCAUUAUGAAAGAGUCAAGAAAGUGACUCCCCGACAUCGUCUUCUCGAAUACCGAGUGCAACAGGGAUGGGGUCCAAUCUGCAGGUUCCUGGAUUUACCAAUUCCUGAUGAGGACUUCCCGCGCAUCAAUGACAAGAAAGAGUUCCUGUUCGCUCAUGCUAUUAUGUGGUAUCUUUCCUUGGGCAAGAUGGUUGUCAAGGUCUCUCUGAUGGCAGCACCAGUCCUUGCGGUCUCUGUGGCGUUGUGGCAAAGAGAGUCUUUGAAGGGGCUGAGGUUUUGGUGA